UAUUGGCAAAUUUUGGUCAAUGGCUUCUUUCCUUGAGGAAGUAAUUUAAUAGCAUUUAUUCAGAUAUCUGUCUGGAUCUAAGGAUAUAGGUGCAUAUAUAUAAAAACAAGUUACUAAAUCCUUAAACGUUUAUAAGCAGGAGUGUUUCCGGCUGUCGAGCGUGUGUAUGGACUUUACCGUUUAAAGUCUGAUAAGAUAUAAAUAAGGAAGACACAGCUACGUAUUAAUUUCUACUCAUCAUUUUUACGCGUGACAUAGAAUCAUUCUUCCAUGAACAUUACUAUUUGAAUUAAUUUGUUAUUACGAAGGUGAGAAAUGGAUUCAUUUGUAAAAACAGAAGUAUACGGUGAUAAUCUACUACUGUAACGAACUUAUUUUUUUCUCACAGUUAUGGAAUAUUUUGAACUAUCAACUGUGUAGUGUACCUAUGGUUGGGUUUUCAAUAGUAUUUUAACAAUGUUAUGCGUUCUUAUAUCGAUUUAAACGUAUAACCGAGAUUUAAAAGGUUUUAAAAAAUAAGGAUGUAAUUAGUGACAGAAGAUACUAGUUUCUAUAAUAAUAUUUCAUUUCUCGGAACUUGUAUUCUACAAAGCGAAAUUAUUGACAAAAUAUUAAGUUAUGGACUUUUAAGUGACUUGAUACGAAAAGAGGAUGAAUCCAUCGUGGGGAUAUGAGGAAGGAGUGUAUAACCUCGAAGAGAUUUGCUACAAACACCCUCCUCCAGUCGUUGUUCAUUGCGAUAUAGAAAGUUCAGAGGUUACACCUGGUAGUUCCUCUUUUGACUUAUCUCAGCCUCUACUUAUAUAUAGACAGAGGAAUAUAAACAAGAUAAACGCUCAAAAUGUUCAGAGGGAUUUAUUUAGAGAGACCGGACCUCCUCUUGUCAUCCCAGAGGAUUAUAAAGGAUGGUUUGCAGUUCUACAGAAAAAGCGUAUAAAUCCAGCUACAUUAGGACACAAUGUUAUGGAGUAUAAACUAGUUUCUGACCUUUCAAAUUCUGAUACAGAGACGUUUCUUAUUGGUGGAUCAGAGCAAGUGCACGCGCUUCAAGUAUCGAUCAGCUGUGACGGAAAAUCUCAGCAACAACAACGAGGUCUGUUCCCUGGCGAGGUUUUACGUAAAGGUAAAAUAUAUGUUGGAGAAAGUAAGCGUAAAUCUGGUAUAUUUCGAAGAUCCAAAUUAAAACAGGAAUACUACUUGUUAUGCACCGAUGAAUGUGAACGAGAAAUAUUACUUCCGUUCAACCAAAAAGGUGUGUUUUAUACAUUAACGACACAAAGCGGUCCAAUGCCUUGUCCUGUCUUACACAUGAAAGAUAUACUUGAUAAAAAGUACCUACCAGCUACCACCAAACUGCUUUUUGGAAGAAUGCCAAUUGCGGAAUGUGGAUUUACUGGAAUAUUGCGCCUUGAACACUCACAUUUUGAACGAUCAGUAAUUGCAUGUACAACUUCCGAGAAGAAUACCUUUGUCGAAUUACCAAUAAAUUGCUCUUUGAAGUUCCGAAUAUUUGAAAUGAACGAUGAGGUAGUUCAGUCAGAUUUAUAUAAACGUGCUUUCGCUUUGUGUAAUGAGAAAGCGUAUUUAUACAUGAGUGGAAUCAAAGUGAAUCAUAGUAUAAACGAAACAGUUCUAUCAGAGGAUGAAGUAGCAACAGAUUUGCCACCAAGUCCUCAUAUUUUGAGGUCGAAAAAACAAGAUCCCUCUACAGAUGACAAUAGAGAAUCUGGUUAUAUCGAAAUGAGAGAUAGUUUGGAAUUAUCAGAAGAAGCAUCGUAUAUUGACAUGAAGGAAAGUCUCUCAUGUAGCAGUUCGAUUUCAAUAGAUUUCGAUGAAAUGGAUUAUAUGCUUCCGAGCGGUAGAAACAGUUUACACAAUUCUCUUCGAAGAAGUAACUCAAGGGAUAAUAGUAAAACAAAUACUUUGACGAAGCAUCAGUCAUACCGUUCUCCGCCACCUGUGUGUUCUCCGCCGCCAUUACCAACAGCAUGUGCUGGAUCGCCUGAACAUUCGUAUCUUGACCUAGAUAGUGGUAUAUCUGAUGGAAUACCUGUAAGUGUUCGAAUUGACAAGGUACAUUCUGAUAAGAUUUACGAUAUACCUCGCAUUCCAAGACGUCUCAGUGCACCAGAACCGAUUGACAUGUACGCAAUGAGUAUUACAAGACCAACAUCAUUAGAUAUAGUGCCUGAGGCUAAUUUGGGGGAGUCCAUUAACUAUGAGAACUUUUCAAUAUUGCGAGAAGUUGUACCUAAACCAUGUGGUACUUUAAGACCAGGACAGACUCGAAAACCAUUGGAACCUAUUUAUAGUGAUGUUCCUAGUAACGCAUCAAUACACCAUGUACUAGAACCAGAAGAACAUCUAAAUGACUCACCAACCAAAGAUACAAAAACUACUGUUGUAGUCGAAACAGAAAUACCAUCUGUAACACAAGAUUUUAGCAAUAACAAUUGUGACAUAAAGACUAAGGACAAAAUUGAACGUGAAACACCAUCCUUUGUCUCAACGAAUGAUAAGUCCGAAGUACCGAACUGUCAGGACGAUGAAAAGACUUUAAAUGAGGAAAUAAAUGCGCCACACUGUCCGGACGAUGAAAAUGCUUCAGCAUUAAAUGAGGAAACAUAUGUGCCACAAUGUAAAGACGAUGAAAUUACUUCAGAUUUAAUUAGGGAAAUAGAUGUACCACAAUGUCAAAACGAUGAAAUUACUUCAGAAUUAAAUGAGGAAAUAGAUGUACCACAAUGUCAAAACGAUGAAAUUACUUCAGCUUUAAACGAGGAAAUAGAUGUACCACAAUGUCAAAACGAUGAAAUUACCUCAGAAUUAAAUGAGGAAAUAGAUGUGCCACAAUGUCAAAACGAUGAAAUUACCUUAGAUUUAAAUGAGGAAAUGUAUGUGCCACAAUGUAAAAACGAUGAAAUAACUUCAGCAUCAAACGACGAAACAGAUGCAUCACAAGGUCAGGAUGAUGAAAAUACUUCAACAUUAAAUGCUGAAAAAGAUGUGCCAGAACGUCAGGAUGACGAAGAUGUGUUACCAUUAAAUGAAAAAAUGAAUGCAACACACUGUCAGGAAAAUGAUGAGGUGUCGCCAUCUAAUGAGGGAACAGAUAUUUUCCCCCCAAACAUAGAUGUUGCACGAGAGAAAAAACCUGGAACAGAUAAAAAUGAAAAAUUGGAUGAAAAUGAAUCACUUUGCAAAAGUGAAUCAAGAAACCAGAUUUUAGAACAGUGCGAUGAAAUACGAACAAGUAUUGACACUAAACAUGACGAGCAGACAUCGGAUAGUGAAAGUAUGAACACUGAACAAUCAACCAGAAUUGAUGACGUCAUAUUAUUAGAAUCAAGAUCUGCAGUAACUGAAUUUAUUUCAAGUGAUGCACCAUUUGAUGAUAUCAAAGUCAAUCUUGACACAAAGUGCUGCAAUACUGAAUUGUGCGAACAUGAAAUAGAAUGCUCAAAUCACACUAACAUAACUACUUUUACCCAGGAUGUGGAAGUCAGCUCUGUGAAAGACCAGACGAGUAGUACGAUAUCAAAAGAUAUUGUAGGUGAAUUAGAUAGUUCGAUUACUAAUGAUGAUAAUAACAUGUCUGAGCAACUAAUUGAGAGUCUUAGUCAUGUUUGUCCCUCCACUAAAAACAACGGAAACGAUAUAGAACUUCAAAGUGAAAACAUUGCAAGUGCUCUUCAAGGACAUGCUAGUGAUAGUUACAUAAAUGAUCACAUUACCACUUCAGAAUAUGACAAAAUAUCAAAGAGCGAUACGCCUUUCAACAUCGUCUCACAACCCUCUAAUAUAGAGGAAAAUUCGCUUGAAACAAAUAUAGGAAAAUUAACUAUUAAUGUAUCUCAUAUGUAUGACGAAGUACAAGCAACUGUCACUCCACCACCAUCCGCUUGUCUCGUUAAACCUCUAUCAGGAACUAUGGGUGAUAAUAAUAUCCCAAUUAUUAGUUCUAAGAAUGCAGAGCAUAAACAAAUGCCUAACCCUGAUAAAUCAGUGACGUCCUUGUCAAUAAAAAAUUCUGUCAUGGAUGAAUCGAAUAGUGCAAUUGACCGGUCUACAAUUGAUACUAAAUUUGACUCAUAUGCGGUUAAAGCAUCAAACUCGUGUAUUGAAAACAAUGAACAAAAUGCUGCGCCUGUAUCUGGCAACAUACAUGCUUUAGUUGAGAAAGAUUUGUAUGAAAGUAGUAAUACUGACAAACUUAUGUCUCAAUUUGAAAAGGAUAACGUUGAAGGUGAACUAAACACAUCAAAAUAUUCAGAAUUAGAAAUGCAAGGUGCUAAAAUGAUUGAAAAUACUGUUGAGUGUAUAGAUAAAAAAAAUGAAGAAACGUGUCAAAUGCAGUCAAUAAUUCAUACAGAAACGGUUGUUCAAGAAACAAAACUUUCAGACAAUAGCACACAACAGCCCCAACAAAGAGAAGGCGAGCAAACACAUCUGAAAAUGUUUAUAUCAGAGGGACAAAACAAUGUCGUAGAUAUAGUGCGAGACAAUAUUCAUACAUCUAUCAGACAACCAAAACACGGUGCUUGUCAGGAAACAAACGAUACAGAACGAAAAACAGUCAGUUUGAUAAUGGACAAUGUUCAAAGUUCAAAAUCCUCGCAUAAUUCGCCGAAAUCAGACAAUGAAAACAUUAUUUCAAGUAUUCACGAAGAGGUUUGCGACGAACACAUUGAAGAUAACAUUAAUGACGAGGAUGACUUGUGCAAACUUUCUACCAGUGAAAUCGUUGCAGGAUUUAGAAAACUUGGGAUAAGGAAAAGUGUAAUAGAUAUUGUUCAGCAACGCAGUCUUCGAGGAUCAAACUUAAAAGAUAAUCAAAAUCUUGGACAAAUUUUCCCUGGAAUAUCGUGCAUUGACAAGCGAAAGAUUAGUAUGUUUUUGCAAGGCAUGAUGCAAAGUUCUGAUUCUUCAGGCAAACACAAUCCGACUGAACCAAUAUGGGUUUGAGUUGUUUAGUUUUAAGUGAGUCAUAAAUUGUUGAUUGUGAUAUCCAUUUUGAGUUCCUGUUGUAGACAAUUAAUUUUGAAUAGUCAAUAAAUGACAAUCAGACUUUAUUAUAAGAGCAUUAUAUAGUACAUUUGUAUUAUUCUUUGCUUAUAUUUGUGUAUUAGGCACAGACAGAAUGCUUGCAACCGAAGAUAUUCAUAUUAUGUUUUAUGUGAGUUUUUUUAAUUUUUUUUUAAUUUAAAAUAAUAUUGAUUUGUACUAUAGUGCUGCCACAUUUACAUCUCAUCAGUGCUUUAUUUGUUUAAUUUUCUAUUCUUGUUUGUUUGCGGAGUGUGUUUGUCUGUAUGCCCAUGUUCUCUUUGCAUUGUAAGUUUGAACUACAGAGGUAGAUGUGAUAUGUUCAUGAAACAUCAUCAAUUAAUAUAACAAGAUUUUUGCAAAGUGUAUGCAAAAAGGGUGGUGAAACUUCAUUCAAAUUGUUGAUUCAAUUGUCAUGAUUUGCGUUUUUGCAAACAAAGAAUGAGGCUAUUGAAUACAACUCUCAAUAUUCACAAAUGA